UCACGGAAAUCAUCGAAAAAUAUCGAUACCCGAUGCAUCGAUGUUUUUUUACAUCACUAGCUGGAAGAAUAUCUGGCUUUUUUUGCAUUUUGCGUUUUCAACUGAAGUUUGCGAACAAACCGAAGCGUGGUAAACCACUGAAAUCAAAGAAAACGACAGAAAAGCAACUAAAAGUCGGUGAAGAAAUCGCACGUUGAUCGUUGUUUUUUUUUCUCGACAUUUUCUGGUAAAAGACCGUGCGUGCGUGUGAGACACUAUCGCUCUUCCUUUUUUUGUCCAUGCGUGUGUGUGUGGUCGCAUAAAUCUACCGAUAUUUCGCCUGAGAGCGAAACGGGCGAAAAACGAAAGAAAAAAAGAGAGCUACCAGGAACAACAAAUAGCUGGGCAAAAACAGGACGCACAAAAAAUAAAAUCAAAACGAAGAGAGGCGCAAAGCGGAGAGAGUGAAAUUCUCAGCAACAACAACAACGACUAGAACAACACCAGAAGUAGCAGCAGCAAAAACAACAACAAAAGCCGCCACAAUGAGCAAAGCACUCCUUGAUCUUCCGUUGACCAUUGACCCAGAGCAUGAGUUGCGUUUUGUGGGUCCCUUCAACCGACCCGUUGUCACAAUCAUGAGUCUGCGCAACAACUCGGCUCUGCCUCUGGUCUUCAAGAUCAAGACAACCGCCCCGAAGCGGUAUUGCGUACGUCCAAACAUUGGCAAGAUAAUGCCCUUUCGAUCGACUCAGGUGGAGAUCUGCCUCCAGCCAUUCAUCUACGAUCAGCAGGAGAAGAACAAGCACAAGUUCAUGGUGCAGAGCGUCCUGGCACCCACGGAUGCUGAUCUAACCGAUUUAAAUAAAUUAUGGAAGGAACUGGAGCCCGAGCAGCUGAUGGACGCCAAACUGAAGUGCGUUUUCGAGAUGCCCAGCGCUGAGGCAAAUGCUGAGAACACCAGCGGUCGUAAUACCGUUGGCGGCGCAACCGGAAUUGCCGAAGGCGGAAGCGCGGCGGCCAAUACUAGCUCAGCCAGCGCCGAGCCGCUCGAGAGCAAACCAAAGCUGGAGAACUUCGGCUUGCUGUCGAGCGAGGAUAAGCCAUCCAAUUUGGCCGAUACAUGGGAGAAUAUUGAUUUUCUGACCGGAGAGAUCAAGGCUCUGCGUGAAACCAACAUCGAACUAAGAAAAGAGAAUCUUCACUUGAAGGAUCAGAUCACUCGUUACCGGAGCUCGCAGGCCAUCAAACAGGUGAAUGAGCCCUAUGCCCCAGUCCUGGCUGAAAAGCAGAUUCCGGUCUUUUACAUUGCAAUUGCCAUUGCUGCGGCCAUUAUUAGCCUCCUGCUGGGUAAAUUCUUUCUCUGAAUGCCAUAAACGAACGCCAGCAACAUGCUACAUGCUACGUGCAGCAACAGUAACAGCAAGUACAGCGGCAAAACCAUCAUACAGCAACAGCAAAAGCAGCAGCAACUAACAACAGCAACCACAACGAAAGAACAACAGCAGCAGCAGGAGCAUUAAGAUCCAUAAUCGGCAAAAGAAGCACAGAGACGACAGUGAAGCUGACUUAACCGGGGACCGUAUAUAUACGGAUAUGAUAAAUAAAAUCAAAAAUAAUCAUUGUUGGAUAGCGAAGCAAAUAUCGCUCAGAGUAAUGAUUAUGAUGUGAGAGAUGUUGUUUGGCUCCAAAAUAUUGCUCAAAGUCAAGGAAUUUUAACAAGAUUUAAAUUUAAAGCAACAUUUUAAAGCUGUAUUUAGAAGAUUUCACUGGAAAUGCUCGCAACCUGACUUUGAGUAGUACGAAUAUUUGGUCCUUAUAAAUUCCCUCACAAAAUAAUCAAUACUUAAGAAUAGGAAUAAUAACGAAUGAUUACCUUGGGUCCCUGAGCUAAACAGCAGAGAAGGGAAAAAAUAGGAGAGACGUAAAAAUCGUAUUUUCGCAAAGGGAAAAAUCUCUCAAGAAAUAUUUAAAGUUCGUUAAGAUCCCAUACGUAUAAUUGCUCAGAUUUUCGAUUGCAUUUUUUCGCUAUUACUAAUUUGUAAGAAUUUUAUUUUAAAAUGCUUCACAAUUUUUUUUUUAAAUCGUUUUCGAUGCAUUUUCAACCCGGAAAAGUAAAGUAUUUCAAAGAAUAACCAAAAUUGUAAUUAAUCAUAACUUCUCGACGAAACUAAAUAGAAAACCAAAAUAUUACUUAAGUGCGAGAAUAAACUUCAGUUUUAUCAAUAUAUUUUUUAUUUGCUUUAUUUUUGUUUUAAUUUUUUGCAACCAAUAGACCUAAAUGUAAAAUUUAAAUCGAAAACAGAAAAGCAAAUGUCAAGAAAAGAACCUUUAGCAAAAUGCAAACAAAACUUAAGAAGAAACCUUUGUAUGGAAAACCAAUCAAUGAAAAGCUUCAAGAAAUAAAAGAAAAACAAAAUGCUCUGCAAGGCCGACGCUCUCUAAAAGAAAAGUUGCUUCACCUCACCCCUCGUCCUAUCACUCUCUCUCUCUCUCUCAAUGUCCGUUUGUCCCUCUCUAAGUCCCGAAACGAGAUCUAUAUAUACUUAUUAAUAUAGAAUCAUUAUUGUUUUUGGUUGGCAUUUGCAUUUACUAUUUUUCGUUUUAGUCAUUUCAGUAGUUACAUUACUACACCCACACAAACACACCACUCAAUAAGCGCUAUAUAUAUAUAUAUACAUAUAUAUAUAAUAUACUGAAUUUCUAUAAGCAAACCUUUGUGUAAUUUGUGUUGUUUGCCAAGAUCGAAUUGAACGAUUUCCAGCCUAAUGGCACCGAAAUUGAGAAAAUCCAUUAACUGUAUCCGACACGCCGAUAUAUACGAUCUAAUAAGUGCAAAGAAAAUCAAUCAUUUAAAACCACAAAAAAAGAAAAAAAAAAAAAAAAAAAAACCCUUUACUAGAAGCAAAACAAACGCAUGCUGUUCAUGGUUUACACUGCACCCGUGGAUCCAUAGAUAUAGAUCCGGCACACCCACUCACUUGGUUCCUUCCGUAGCGCCAUCUAAUUGCUCGCGAGUCUAACACUUUAAGAGGCCGGGUACCUAAAUGGCGAUGCAUCUUGUUUCACACUAUUAUUUCCCAACAUAUUUCAUUGCUAUUGUUCGUGGUUAGGACUUUUUUUAUAUAGUUUGCAAAGCAUUGAAAAGGGUAUAUAGAUUUAUACAUAAAUAUAUAUUCGCCGACAUGCAUGAUCGCUGUAUUUUCAUAGGCAUGUGGAAAAACUCGUAUUUAAAUGUUUAACUAGAAAUACAGAAAAAUAAACUAAAUACAAAUAAAAAAAAGAGAAAUGGAAAUAAACAAAUGAUAAGGACAAGCAAAUCAUAAGCAAAUUGUACUUGAUGUCAGCUGUAGCAAAAACAAAACACAAUAUAUAUGAACAUAAUAAUAAUAAUAAAAUGUGGAAACGGAACUUAACAUUCAAAAAUUGUUUCGAUACAUUUAACAACA